AUGCCGUCCAUUGACAAGGCCACCGACAACGGCGAGAUGAAGCAGCGGCAGCCGGAGCAGGAGCUGGUCUGCGUCACGGGGGCCGGGGGCUUCAUCGGCUCCUGGGUCGUGAAGGAGCUCCUCCUCCGCGGCUACCGCGUCAGGGGAACCGCCAGGGACCCCGCUGACCAAAAGAACGCACACCUGCUGGCGAUGGAGGGCGCCGAGGAGAGGCUCACCCUGUGCCGGGCCGACGUUCUUGACUACGACGGCCUCCGCACCGCCUUCCGCGGCUGCCACGGCGUCUUCCACGUCGCCUCGCCAGUCUCCAACGACCCGGACCUCGUGCCGGUCGCCGUGGAGGGGACGAGGAACGUGAUCAGAGCGGCGGCGGACGCGGGCGUGCGGCGCGUGGUGUUCACUUCGUCCUAUGGCGCCGUGCACAUGGACCCCAAACGCAGGCCCGACGCAGUGCUCGACGAGUCGUGCUGGAGCGACUAUGAGUACUGCAAAAACACAGGGAACAUGUACUGCUGCGCCAAGAUGAUGGCGGAGAUCACGGCGACGGAGGAGGCGGCCAAGAGGGGCCUGGAGCUAGCGGUGGUGGUGCCGUCCAUGACCAUGGGCCCCAUGCUGCAGCAGUCGCUCAACUUCAGCAGCAGCCACGUGGCCCGCUACCUCACCGGCGCAAAGCCCACCUACCCGAAUGCCGUCGCCGCCUACACCGACGUCCGUGAUGUCGCCCGCGCGCACGUCUUCGUCUACGAGCACCCCGACGCGCGCGGCCGCUACCUCUGCAUCGGUGCCGUGCUGCACCGCGCGCAUUUCCUUCAGCUCCUCGGCGACCUCUUUCCUCAGUACAACAUAACCGCCAAGUGCGAAGACGACGACAAUUCCAUGGCCAAGCCAUACAAGUUCUCGAACCGGAGGCUGAGGGAGCUCGGAUUAGAGUUCACUCCGUUGAGGGAAAGCUUGUACGAGACAGUGAUGUGCUUGCAGAAAAAGGGCUAUCUGCCUCUCCCCGUUGUUCCCAUAGCACAGAAGCGUGCGUACUUGUAA